GCCCGCCCGCCUGCCCGGGGCUCCCGCUCCUCCGCGCCACGGAGCAGCCUCCCCGGCCGACGGCUAGCCCGCCUGAGCCUCCUCCCCAGCGCCGCCGCGCCCUCCCCGUCUCCUCCUCCGCCUCGUCUCCCCGCACGCCGCUCGGGGAGCGGAGCGUCACUCCGGCUGCCGCCGCAGACAUGGCGACGCUGACAGCGGUCCAGCCGCUCACGCUGGACAGAGAUGUUGCAAGAGCAAUUGAAUUAUUGGAGAAACUACAAGAGUCUGGAGAAGUACCAGUACACAAGCUACAAUCCCUAAAGAAAGUACUGCAGAGUGAGUUUUGUACAGCUAUCAGAGAGGUAUAUCAAUAUAUGCAUGAAACCAUAACUGUUAAUGGCUGCCCAGAAUUCCGUGCCAGGGCCACUGCAAAGGCAACAGUUGCUGCUUUUGCAGCAAGUGAAGGCCAUUCACACCCUCGAGUGGUGGAGCUGCCAAAGACUGAUGAAGGUCUUGGCUUUAACGUGAUGGGAGGAAAGGAACAAAACUCUCCUAUAUAUAUUUCUCGUAUCAUUCCUGGAGGGGUGGCAGAAAGACAUGGAGGACUCAAGCGAGGAGACCAGUUGCUUUCUGUUAACGGAGUGAGUGUGGAAGGAGAGCACCAUGAAAAAGCAGUGGAGCUCCUGAAGGCUGCUAACGAUAGCGUCAAGUUGGUCGUGCGCUACACUCCCAAAGUGCUAGAAGAGAUGGAGGCUCGUUUUGAAAAACUGAGGACAGCACGACGCCGGCAACAGCAGCAACUACUAAUUCAGCAGCAGAAUACACAGCAAAAUCAUAUGUCGUAGGUCAUUCUCAAGAAUAAAAUCUAGAUCAAGAAUUCAGUAACCAAGCAAUUGGAGCUGUGCUUCAGUAUUCCAACCUACAGUUAUAAGGAAACAGAGAGAACACAAUAACUGAAUUUAUCAAGAAGUUAUGAAUAAGUGGUGUAAGAAUAAUUUAGUAAGAACCACAACACACCUGGUACCUUCUUUAUCAGGCUUUUCGGUACAGUGCAGUCUCAGAUACAAGAUUUCUAUGACUUUAUUCCUAAUGAGCAAUAUGGUAAGUAAACACUAUGAAAUGUAGAGAAGUUUGGGGAUUCUGAAUAAAUCUUUGUAAGGUCCAAUCUUACACUCCUCAUUCUAACAAAACUCUGGCCUGUUGGUUCACUGAGGUCAGUGAGGAUUUUAUCUAAGAAGGCCAAGAUCAGCUGCUAGUGAAGGUGAAGUCUUUCUCUGCAGUUAUUGCCAGAAAUGAACAACUUGUAGUCCAUCAACCAAACUGCAUCUGUUCAAAAUUUUGCCACAAAUAUAAAACAAACUCUCACAUCACAUUCCAUAACCUCUUUUUACUAUAUAUUGUAGAGUUGUUUUAAUCUGACUUCCAGUUUAUAAUAAUUUUCAAUUUUUUCCCUGAAAAUAGCAAGUUACUAUAUUUAUAAGUAUUCAGUUGUAAAAGCAAUUGGCUUUUUACUCUUGAUGUUUCCAUAUAUUUUAUUAUGCAUCAAUAGAGUGAGGCAUUUUUAGAUCUACUUUAAUUUUAUUAGUAGUAAGGCUAGAGAAUCCUAGAACGUAUUUUUAAAUAUAGGUAUUGCUUAUAUCCACUAUAGCUAUUAUUCUGAAAUCUAUAACUUAAUAUACUGUAUUAUUUAUUCCAUAAAAUAUAUAUUGUCAGAAUGUGCUUGUUACAGAAAUAGGAUCUUUGCUUACCACGAAUUACAAAUGUAGUCAGACAACGUUAGCAAAAGACCAAGCUUUGUUUGGCACGUAUUCAUGUGAUAAAUAGAACCCAGCUAUCUUAGCUUUUCUGUAUUUUUAAAUUUAUUUUGUAUUUCAUUGCUAAUAUAUUUAGGAGGAGAAGAGUAAAUUGUUCCUGGCAUAUUUUCUUGUAAUUCAGUUUGAUCUUAAAGUUUAGAACUUUAUCAAAUCAAAUUGGAAUGUAAAAGCAAAAUAUAUAAGAACCUUUUUAAGUUUACAUUUACUUUUCCAAAGACUAAUGAACAGUCACAGCCAAAGCUGGAAGGCUAAAAAUAUCAUCUACCUUAGAAGUGAAAAAAAAACGUAAUCCUCAAAUCCUGACCAAUUUAUUGUCAUUAAAAAUAUCUUCUAUAUAGAGAAGAAGGAGGCAAAGCAGUGUCAAACGGAGGGAAGUUCUGCAAUUCUUGCAUACUGAAAACUCCAGUUGAUUUCACUUGGAGUUUGGAGACACAAGGAACUCUGAACUAUUCUGAACAAUGCUCUGGUUGCAGCCUUGUAACAAAAAAGCCAAAACAUGUUACAUCUUUUCUUUGCAAAUACUCUCAUCACUGAUUCCCUUCACUUCAGUAUAAGAUCUAAUCAAAUACAGAACAGACAGCCACAGCAGGGGGAAAUUGAUAUACCAUAGUAGCAUAGGUUUAAAAAAAGACUACCUACCGGCCACCAGCUUUGACAGUGUUCCUUUACUAUAAUUAUCUGCUGAAAGUAAUCAUGCUUUUAAAACCAAAUUAUAUUAAAACACCGGAUGAACAAUAUAAUACCUAGAAAUAAUUCCAUCCAGUGGUGGUGGUGACAACAUGAAUUAAACAAUGUAGCUUGAGUGUGCCACCAGAAGUUAAAGAUGGAAUAUUCUUUUAUUAUGUUGUGCAAGGAUUUUGUUUCAGCUUUUUUGUUUCAUUUUUUAACUUAAUAAGAUUGUGAUGUACCUUUUUGAAAUAUCUAUUUUAAAGCUAUAUUUUUAAAAAACAUUAGUAUUGAUAGUAUUGAACUAUUACUGCAUAUGACUGUAUUAUAUCACGACUACUGCUCUGUAAGUUUUCAGAGACCAAAUAUUACACAGUACGAUUAGUGGGACCACUGUAUUACAUUCUGAACUCUCUCCUGAUCCUGCCUACCCCUCAUCACAAUAGCUAGAUUUUAAUGGAAUGGACAGUUAGUAUAGUUAAUUGGAAAAAAAAAUAGAAUGUCAUUAAUGUCUUUAUAUAGAGAAGCAUAUCUAAUUCAUUUGCGUAUGUUAUUGUUCAAUAAAUUAUUUAUACAAAU